GCGAGUCUCGUUCCUUAAGUGGACAUGCUUAUGCAUGAACAUGUACCCCUAUUGGGCGGGAGAGAUGUGAGAUAUGGCGUCUCCACGACCCAAGGCUCGCUGCCUUACAUACUCGCUUCCUCACAUCGACCACGAAACUGCUAGCGAGACACGAGGUUCAACGCUUACUUAUUGUUGGUGAUGCCCCACGAGUUCAUGGCUUCUUUCUAGGUCUAUCUCUUGGCCUGUGGGCUGAUGAGGGAACUAUCGUAGCCGCGCGCCUUGAUUAACCCCUAUUCUCUUCGAAUAUACGCUCUUCGUGGACUUAUAAAGGGAGAGGGUAGACGGGUUUGGAACCUUACCGGCUCAAGAACCAUACUACUGCGAAGCCAAACCCAAACGCAAUGGCUCUUAGUAAUUACACCCUCAACGGACGUGAUGUCCCCAAGUCGGACGUCAUUCUGGAGUUGGCCCUUUCUCCCCAUGGACUACAAUUUGCAGAUUCCUUUAUCAAAACAAAUUUAUCCCGUAUCGACGAGACUGGCGGUGUCAAGGACAAGAUCCUCAGGGCCUUCAACCGUACCGACCGCACGCGUACAUUGCCUCUUAUCCAACCCACCGUCGUCCUGACCUUCUCCGACCCCCCGGCCCAGUCACGCCCCUACUUCACCAUUGGCUACGACCCGGCUUCAUGCGAUGUUGUCUGCACUGAUCCUGCCGUCGAUGACGUGCAUAUCAAGCUGAGCAUCGAAGGCGACCACAUCGUCCUAUACGACGUCUCUUCUACCGGUAGCCAUAUCGCCCUGGACGACCGAGGCUCCCACCAAACCUCCCCGAGGCCGGGGGCGCCGUACCGAUGCAUCUUGCCCCAGGAAUGCAAGAUCACCCUCAUCAUCCCGGGUCACGAGUUCAUAAUCCGGCUCCCGCGCCGCAACUUGUGGGAGAUGGACGAUUUCGACCAGAACCGCGACGCGUUCCUCUCAAAAUGUUCAGGGAGCGAGCUUUCACCCGUUGGUUCACCCGAUCCAUCCCAGUACCGUGGGGGUGCUGACUGGCGGCCCAUGUACUGGUUCGAGUCGCCGCUAGGGAAGGGGGCUUUCGGGACGGUAUCCCGCGUACAUCGCCUACACGACUGGACGGUCCUCGCCGUGAAGGAGCUCAACAAAACUGCCGAGGGUCGGGACCACGACGAUGGCAGGUCCUCACGGCGAGUUCCCAAAACCCCGCCACGGGUAGAUGACAGUCUCAUCCAAGAGAUGCGGGCGCUGCAGCGUCUCCGGCACGAGCGCGUCAUCCGAUACAAGGAUUGGUACCAGGAUGGCCCCGAGAAGAACAUGCUUGUGAUGGAAUACUGCGCGGGAGGCAGCCUCGACAACAUGAUCUCCGCGUCGGCGGCCCCGUUCUCGCACGGAACGGCAACUUUGAUCCUUCGGCAGGUGGCCGAGGGCCUGGUCUACCUCCACGAGCACCGCGUCACCCACCGCGACCUGAAGCCCGCCAACAUCCUCGUGCGACAGACGAAUCCUCUCUCCCUCGCUCUCAGCGACUUCGGCUUGGCUAAGAUAAAGUCCAAGCGCGAUUCGUCACCAAUGCGUGGGGCAUAUGGGACGCUAUUCUACGGCGCCCCCGAAUUGCUUGGGGGCCUACCCUACACCGAGGUGGUUGAUAUCUGGUCCAUGGGUGUGAUAGGGGUUGAGUUGCUUGAUACGACGUUGAUGGAUAUGACGGUCAACGUUCUUACGGAAAUCCCUGGGGAGAUCUCCGCUCGAGCGCAGGCCAUGUAUGAGAGGAGUUCAUGGCCGAUCCUGCAGAUCGUGAACAACAUGUUGACGUGGAGGGACUCGCGCCGACCCUCUGCGGCCGAGUGCGUCGACGACCUGGACCAGCUGCAGAGGCUUGACCGGCCGGGCCCGGCCGGGCGAGCUAUGUCGCCGAGAUCUAACGAUUACGACCCUUCUCCGGGACAGAGGCGCUAUUUCGUUCCGGGCGCAGGCGUCACGGUACGGCCUGCCGAUACUGCGCUGGGCGUGCCGAGGAGCUCUGAUUAUCGCGGGUCCUCUCCGGAACAACCCAUCUAUUAUUCGGGCUCUACCAUACGGUCUACCUCGCGAAGGAGAGACAUAGAUGAUGAUGUGCCCUCGUCCCGGUCACGCCGCCCCGUGGAACUAAAUAGAUACGCUGGAUACUAGGCAGAUGGGAACGUGCUUGGAAUGGGGUAGGACGGGGCAACGGCACGCACACCAGGGACUUUCCGGGCAUCAUUAAUCUGAACGAGCCACACGCUGUUGGCAGCGCUCUCAUACUAUGACUAAUAAGCAG